AUGGGGCCUCUUGUUCGGGUGCUUCGACUUGUUGAUGGGGAGAAGAAGCCACCAAUGGGUUAUAUAUAUGAAGCAAUGGAGAAGAAUUGCCAACUUCAUCGUCAGUUGCAUGCUGCUGGUCAUUUUCUGAAUCCGGAGUUGUUUUAUGAUAAUCCUCGCAUUGAGUUGGAUUUAGAAGUUACAAAGGGGUGGUUUGAGUGCAUCACUAGAUUGGUGCCAAGUAUAGCUGUGCAAGAGAAGAUAUUGGAGAAGCAAGCACUAUAUAAGGCUGGCUAUGGACAUUUUGGAUCAUCCUUUAUAAAAUCUCAAAGGAAAAAGCUUUCACCCGCAUUUUGGUGGCAGACAUAUGGGCAUGAAGCUCCAAACAUGCGAGACCUUGCUAUCAAGAUCUUGAGCUUGACUUGUAGUGCUUCUAGAUGUGAGUGCAAUUGGAGUAUAUUUGAGCAUACUCAUACUAAGAAAAGAAAUAGGCUUGAUCAUGAAAGGAUGGAGAGUUUGGUCUUCAUAAAGUAUAAUCAACAACUCAUCGAGAGGUACAACCUUAAAGAUGAAGUUGACCUUAUUGCACUCAAUGACAUUGAUGAGUGUAAUGAGUGGUUAGUGGGAGAAAUUGGGAUUGCCACCUUUCGAGAUGAUGAUAAUAUGGAUGAUGAUGCUGAUUUGGUUCAUCAAGAUGAUAACACUUUGAGUUGGAACCUUAUUUUUGAAGCAAUGAGAGGACAUGAGCCUACAACAUAUACUAGAAGACAACAAAAUAAAAAUAGAAAAGAACCUGCAACUGUAAGAGGUGGUGCAAAGGGUGGACCAAAAAAACAAGAAGAGGAUAUUCAAUUCAAUGAUACUGAAUCAGAGGAUGAUGAGGGGGUAGAGGGACACGAUAAUAAUCGUGUUAAUUUGGAUGAAUCUAAUGAGAGCUAG